UUUUUUUUUUUCCCAUUCUUCACCUUUUUCUUCUUUGAAAUAUACUUUAUGUCUAGUACUAGUCUCAUCAAUCAAGAUACUCGUAUCAAGGUUAGCUCUGUCUUGAAUCGCGAUACUCCCAGUUUUGGAAAACAACAUUUGAUUGAUGGUUCAGAAGAAACAUGUUGGAAUUCAGAACAGGGUUUACCACAACAUAUCUUGAUUGAUUUUGGAACACCAGCAACUGUGACAGAUAUUAUUUUGACAUUUCAAGGAGGAUUUGUGGGCAAGACCUGUGUAGCACUAGGCAGUACAGCCGACCAACCCAAUGACUAUAGUGUCCAUUUAGCCACUUUUUAUCCUCAAGAUAUCAAUCCCAUGCAAACUUUCCCUAUUCCCAACAAUAAUAAUGUACCUAUUCAACGCCUGAAAUUGAUUUUUGAAGAAAGCACUGAUUUUUAUGGACGUAUUACUAUUUAUAAAUUGGAUGUUUUAGGAACACGAUAGAUUAUUAGAUUGGAUGAUAGUUUAGAUUUUUUUUAUUAUUAUUAUUAUUGUAAUAUAUAAAUAAACCUAUAUACAUGAUGAAAUGAUUGGACUAUAA